CUUCAUGCCAUGCUUUUUAUGACUAAUCUUUUUUUUUUUUUGUGAUCAAAUUGUCAUUUUUAAAUUAAUUUAUGCCCCGGACCCCUCGCUUCCAUGCUUCCCUAUGUUUCAAUCACUUUGGUAUGCCUCCAUUUGUUUCUCUUUGUAAUCCCUCUGUUCUAUAUACGUUAUUCUUCAUGUAUGUAUGUAUUGGAGGCUUUCUUGACUGCGCCCAUUAGUACCCUUUGCGCUUUUUUUCCAUUCCCUUUCUUUAAAUAAAAAGAUUACUAUACAUAUAGCUUAUGACUUUAUGUGCAAAAAAAA